UGUAUUAUCUUGUUUUUCCAUUCAAAUUUUUCGCGCUCGCGCUGCCAUAUUUAUCCUGAAAGUGAAGCUAGAUUAUAAGAUUACAUUUCCAGAGAGAUGACUAAAUAAAAAUAUUAAGUCUUGUUUUGAUAAUUUUGGAAAUCUAUCAGUUAGAUUAUUAAGUUUAGCCGUAUAAAAUUGUUGAUCGCAAUAUUAUGUUAAUUCAGCGCCGACAAGUGCUUUUGUCACUACCACCCCUUUUUAUUCGAAUGUCCGGAUAUGAUCGAUUUCAAUUGUGAUUCAUACAUUAGUGUCUGCAAAAAUGUCAAUGGCUAAACACUUUAAACCCUUUGACGUUUAUUGGAAAGUGUAUUUGGAUACGCGAUGAGAUAAAUGGAUUGACAUCUAUAAAUUUAGGUCAUAUGUAACAUGGCACAAUCAUCCUCAGCAAGUGGCACUUCCUCGAGGAGGCAUCUAAGGGAACAUGAUGCUAGCUUACCAAGUUCACCUCGAUAUGCUGACAGUGAAUGGGAAAGCAAAGAGACACUGCUCUACAGAGAGCUUGAAGAAACCAAAGCAAGAGCAGCACAGAUGGAAAAGACCAUGCGAUGGUGGUCUGACUGUACUGCAAAUUGGAGAGAAAAGUGGUGUGAAGUUCGAGAUGAAAGGAACAAAGCCAAAAAAGAUAUUAAAACACUGAAAUCAAAAUUAGAAAUGUCAAUAAAAGAACUUAGCGUAUAUAAACAUGAGUCUAAAGAACUUGGCACACAGAAUGCAUAUCUGAAAAGAGAACUAGAGAAAUUGCGUAGUAUAUUUCUAAACCAUGCUGGACAUAUUGACCAGCAACUGAUCUCAUCUUUAGAAACAGAUUUUCAAUGCAAAAGUGGUUUGAAUUUUGAUGAGCUACUUGAUAGUAAUGUUGAAAAAUCAGAAAAAAGUACUCCUUCUUCUUCAAAAAAAGAGUUUAUUAUAUGUAAGAGCCCUCCCAAAGAUUCAGAUACUAGAAGCUCUUCAGACAAAGACAUUGAUGACUAUAUCAUGCAAGGAGCUGUACCAAAGCAUUCGUUGGACAAAGAUUCAUCACCUACACCUCAAGAAAAAAGACAUUCUAAAAUAGAGUCAGCCAAUGAAGAAAUUUUAGUGCAAAAAAUGUCUAUGCUUAAUUUAAGAUUAGAAGAGGCCACAAAGACAAUAAGUGCUGAAAGAGAGGAAAAAUCUUCAUUGCACAGAGGGAUAGAAAAAUUAAGAAACGAAGUAGUUCAGCUCAGAGAAAGAUGUGAGGAGUUACAAGACAGUCGAACAGAAGCAAUCAAAGAGCUUUUAGAAUUGAAAGGUAGAUUUCAAGGAGAACUUAGUGCAGCGCAAGCUGAUCUCAUUGACGAAGCUAGCAACCGAGAAGGCAUGGAUCGGCGACUAUCAGAACUACGAGCCGAGUUGGAGAAACUUCAAGCAGAAAACGCAGCAGAAUGGGGCAAACGCGAGCGCCUCGAAACCGAAAAAAUUUCUCUUGAGCGCGAGAACAAACAGCUUCGAAGUGAAAUGCGUGAUUUACAAGAUCGAGCAGAAACGCGCCGAGCUCGUCCGGUAUCCAGUUGUGAUAUAGAUUCGAAACAACUACAACAGGAAUUACUCGAUCGAAAUAAAGAACUCGCAGACUUGAAACAUUCGCAUGCGAAAGUUAAGAAAAUGUUGGCGGAGAAGACUACGGAACUUACUCAUGCUAUGCGUCGUUCUGAACAGUACGAGGCUGAAGUUAAAAGAAUUCGCGUAAGAGUCGACGAACUGAAGAAAGAAUUGGCUUUAGUCCAAGAUGAAGUUGAUGCGGCGAAUAAUACCAUUAGAAGGUUGCAGAGAAAUAAUGAAGAUCUGACUGAGCAGUUAGAGAACACCAAUGCGCAACUGGAGCAUUAUAGGAAUAGUAUUUUCGAAAGCCGAGCACCAGACGUAGUCGCCGAGAUUAUGGAUGAUAAAACUAGCAACGAAGAUAACGUCAACGAUAACGAUAAUGAAGGGAACGGCGAUGCUAACGGUAAGAAUUCAUAAAAAGAAACUUCAGAUGAGACUGUGCCUCGAUGAAAGAUAUUAAGCAUUCACACAUAUUAGAAAUGUAUUUUCUCGGAGAACCCAGAUAAAUUGCCCAGUACCUGCACGUCAUAAAGGAUAUUAUCUAUAUAUUAAACUUCCAUAUUUAAGAAAAAGUGUAACAGAGAUCUAUAUAAGUGUAUAAAAAUGUAAUGAUUGUUUUUUAACGAUCAAAGCGACAAACAGCGCUACGACACUCUUCCUCAUACCUGUUUCUGUAAAUUUGUAAAAAUAGUCUCCUUACAAAAGGAAAAACUCGAUAUGACUAUUUCGCUGAUGCGUUAGCUCAAAGCAAAACUGAGAUAAUUCAAAUUGAAUCUUAUUUCUCUAUUGCACUUGUUAGCAUUCAAUAUAAUAUUGUAACAACCAUAUUUAGUUGAUACUUAUUUGCAAUUUGUCUGUGACGCUUACAAUAUACUCGCUUAGUGUAUAUAGGACUAUCGCUUGUCUCGCAUUUUCUCAACGUGUUCAUUACUAUUUAAUGAUAAUUCUUUUUAUUACUUUAUUAGCUGAGAAAACUAGUCAAUGUUGAAAUAAUCAAUAAGUUUUUUGUCUACUAUGUGAUAUAAUUAACUAGUACUUUUAUUAUUUUAAUAACAAUUUGUAAAUGCUCAAGAGCCUAUGGCUUUUAUUUCCAAUUUUAAAUGCUCAUGACGUUCUAGUUUUCUUGAUCAAUAAACAUUAAUUUUUCAUAAUUGAUGUAGUAUUUAUGUAUAUAAAUACUUCAUGUGUGUACAUAUUUGCAAACAAAUCAGUGCAUUUAUGUCAAAUAAGACUCACGUAUGAAUAUUAUAAGUAAUACCUCAGAAUUACCAAACGACUGAUGCGUGAUAAAAGAAAAUAAUAUAAGAUGAAACUAAUUUAAAAAAAUAAUACCUUUUCUGAUGUCAUGUACGAAAAAAUGUCAAGAACGAAUAUAUGAUUCAAAAUCUUGUAUCUGAAUUUACAUGUCAAGUUUCAAGCAAUAAUGCGUCAAACUGUAUACGCAAAUCUUCGAGUACCUUAAGUCACGUUUCAUGAUAUUUUGUCGCUUUUAUCGUUGGAAUCUUUGUAAGGACGUAUACAGUGUCAUAAAAUGUUUGUCUCUUCAUUGCAAGCUCACUGUUUGGUCUUUCGUACAUUUAAGUAGAAAACUGAGAGAAAUAAUAAUCCCUAAUUUAUUAAUUUUUUUUUAUUUUUAAAUAAUUAUAUAAAAAGCUUUAUUUAUAUAUAAAUACUACAUUCUGGAAUGCACAGACUAUAUAAAUUGUAUAAUUUUGCGAUUAUUAUUUUCAAAGCUAUACAGCAAUUUGUCAUUUGUAUUUUUUAUUUAGUUUUGAUACAGUCUUUAUCAAAUGACAGUGUAUUGUCAAACUAAUAAUGCAAUAUUCAUCAU